AUGACGGACCAACAGUCGGGUCAGGAGCCAGACGAAUUCGGUGCUCUUCCUGGCGCCGUCUCUGACCUUCGUUCCAGGUUCGAACAGCUCUCCCACUCCGAGGGCAGUCGUCCAGCCUACAGGCAAAGAGCAAGUUCCUCGGUCAAUACACGACAGAAAGAUCUCAAUGCAACACACACGUUCGGACAAGCAGAGAAGAAGCUCGUCAUGGGUCACACUGCUCCGCCGAAACCCAAGAAGCCCGCUUCUGCCUCACCUCAGAGCCUGCCGCACGAUGCACAGACGACAGUCCCAUCUUCCCAACCGUCGUCAAGCUCCGCGAAACAUACUCAUGCUGGUCCCACGAUGCUCAGUGUAGCCGACUUGGCUGCAUUAUCGGUUCCGUCCAGUGCCAACACAUCGACCACCGACCUCGGCAAGUCUGUCAGCAAAGAGAAACCUGCUCCCCAUUCGCGGCAAGUCUCGGGCAGUUCCAGACAGCUCGCCGUGCCCGCGUCCAAGUUUGGCGAGGCGGUCCCCGGACUACUGACGCCGAGAUCCUUUGAUGCUCGCGAAGCCGCGUCCAGCCUUCCUGCCUCAGCCACCGCCUCCGCCUCGACAUCAGACACCGAAGGUCCAGCGAGACCAACGAUGGCACCUCCACGACCGCCGAAGCCCACCACUCAAUCGCACGGCGUUCAGAUCCUGGAUGAGGCCGAUCUCGAUCGUCUAGCCAACGCACAUUCAUCUUCGCGUGUCGCGUCGCUAGCUAGCAUGUUUGGUCAUCAUCACUCGCAUCAGCGUGGCGCAAGCGGCACGAGCACUCCUGACACCAACAAUCUCAUGCCUAGUCGAGUAGCUACGGGCGGCAAUCACUUUCUCAAAUACUCUCGCUCCAAUGAGCAGCUUUCUCCGACAGUCGAUCAUGGGUCAGAGCCGUUCGAUCCGUUCAAGCAGCAUGCACCGGUGGUCCCUCCCAGGCCAUUCAAGACGGAUGGCUCAUCGGAAAGUUUCUCGAACCUGCCUGGAUCGAUCGCUUCUGUCAUGAUGGAUGCGGACACAGGUUCGGCCCCGGCUAUUCCGACAAUGGGAACAGACACGUCUUUCAUCACUCUGUCUCCGCCAGACGCGUCCUUGGCGUCGCCUCCGCAUUUGCCGCCCCGAGAUUCUGACGCUCUGUCGCCGGACCACCCAUCACGUCGCAGGCUGAGCGCUUCCAGGAGCACCGGUGCUUUGCCUUUGCUGAGCGCGGUGCUUGCAGAGCGGGAACCGGAACUCCCUCCAUUGCCGGCGCGCCGACCCUCAGAAGCCGAUGCGGGUGCAGUCCAGAACAAUACGUCCAUCAUGCCACCGCCUCAACGGAGCGCUGCUGCGUCACGGUCUGCAGCUGCCGUCCACCGCUCGCACACGGUCACAGCCAGAACAAAGCCGAUCCCAGUCUCGUCUGCAUCGGCGAGGCGGGCACAUCCGUUUCAUAGCCUUUCGCCCAGUCAGAUCGACUCAGCUUCUGCGUUUCUUCCGCCUCCGAUCCGACAUGCAGGUAUAGGGGCGACCGGCUCUAACGGUCGCAGCUUGGGUUCGUCUCUGUUCGGUUCGAAUCGUCCCGGCUCAGACAGCUCGGACGAGGAAGACGACGUUGAGGCUGCAUCGUCUGUCUCUCCGUCCUCCUCCUUGCAGGCACCCGCUGGUCUGCGCAGGCUUCACGCUUCCGCCGAUAUGACACCUUCUGGGCUGCCGGAUACCUCGCAUGCCAAUCGUCGUGCGCCCAAGUUCAACCCGGAUUGCUGUACUUCCGCCAAGCAGAAUUUCCAGUGCUUCGCCGUGUGCGGACAUACGGUGGUCACCGGUACCGGAGACAAGGUCAAGGUGUAUCGUGUUGGUGAGUCGGCCACCGGGGUGGGCGAGAAACUCUGCACGGUAGGAGAGCAUCUGUCCAAGGAAGUCAAGUUGACAGCGCUCGAGUUUCGACCCCCGAACCACGGUUGUUUGCCGCUGCCGGCUGUUGGGAAACGCGCGCAUGGAGAAACGCCGGAUGAAGGUAGAUAUCUGUGGUGCGGUACCAAGGACGGUCAUCUCUGGGAGCUUGACAUUGCCGAGGCGCAAGUUGUGCAUUCACGACAGAACGUCCACUCGGAUCCGAUCCAGCUUCUCAAGCGCGUCGGCGACAAGAUGCUCGCGUUGGACGAAGGUGGCAAGAUCUCCAUCUGGCUUCCGAGUGCCGAUCCAGAUCCAGCCGUGGCAGGGCUGCGCCUGUCGAAUCAGCCCAUCACACAGCGCAUCGCUCUGGAGAAAGGCUCGUACGCCUGCGUCGUCGGUCAGCAGCUGUGGGUUUCGUCAGGGUCGUCGGCGCAACGGAAUAGCAAAGAUAACGCUGGCAGCAAGGGUCCACGUAUCCGAAUCUACAAUCCGUUCGCAGACGACAAGCCGUUCAAUGCGAUUUCCAAAGCCGUCAGCAUUCCUGCCGAGAUGGGCGAGGGUGUAGGGAUGGUCACUGGCGGUACGGUUAUUCCUUCGCGACCGCAGUUCGUGUAUUUCGGACACGACUCGGGGCACGUUUCGAUCUGGUCGAGGCAGACGUACGAAUGUGUGGGUGUACGCAAGCUUGGGGCGCACGGUCUGACGGCUGUGGCUGGCGUCGUCAAGUACCUUUGGGUAGCGACCAGGGCAGGUACCAUUUCGGUGUUUGACACUGAAAGCGCUCCUUGGAGGGCGCUCAAGGUGUGGACGGCGCACAAGGAGCCCAUCACGGCGAUCAAGGUGGACGAACACGGGAUCGAGAAAGCUGGACGGCUGCAGGUGGCAUCUGGUGGACUGGAUGCGGCGGUGCAUCUGUGGGAUGGGACGUUGAGCUUUGAUUGGAUCGAGGUGGAGAAGGGGAAACGGGAGGCGGAGUUCUGCAGAUAUCGAAGUAUCAAGACGCUCUCGAUUACGUUCAAUAUGGACGCGGCUUCACCGAGCGAUCUGGAGACCUCGGCGGAGAACAUGGAGGUGUUCGGCACGAUGCUGCGGAAUGCCUGUUCGGUUGGGUCUGAUAGCUUGCCUGCCGAUCGGCCACCGGAUAUCAUCGUCUUUGGGUUUCAAGAAUUGAUCGAUCUGGAGAGCAAGAAGCUUACGGCGAAGAGUUUGCUCCUCGGCGGAGGGAAGAGGAAAGCCAACGAUCUGGGCGAUCGUGUGUCGCGGCAGUACCGGGCGUGGUACGAUAAGCUGAUCCAGAUCGUUCGGUAUGCGAUGCCCGCGACGUGCGGGUAUCUGCUAGUGCAGUCCGAGUCGCUCGUAGGGCUGUUCACGUGCGUAUUCGUCAAGCAGACCGAGUUCAAGCACGUCCGAGAACUUGCUAUCAGUACGGUCAAGACGGGUAUGGGCGGAAGGUACGGCAACAAGGGAGCCGUCAUCGCGCGGCUCGUGGUUCAGGAUACUUCGAUCGCCUUUGUCAACUCCCACCUUGCGGCGGGUCAGAAACACGUCAAGCAGAGAAACGCCGAUGUGGCGGAUAUCUUGGAGUAUCCCGCGGUGUUUGACGAUCCGCAUGCCGAUCCUGCUGCGUACAUCGGCGGUGGCGAUGGAAGCAUGAUCUUGGAUCACGAGUUGGUGUUCUUCUCGGGAGAUCUGAAUUACAGGAUCGACCAUUCGAGGGACACUGUUCUCGCAGCGUUGGUGGCGGGGAAAAUCUCGCCGCUGUUGGAGCAGGAUCAGUUGCGGAAGGAGUUGAAGCACAAUCCGGCUUUCAGGUUGAAGGAUUUCAGCGAACCGGGGAUCGGGUUCUUGCCGACGUACAAGUACGAUAGGGGCAGUCACGAGUGGGAUACGAGCGAGAAGAAUAGGAUUCCGGCGUGGUGCGAUCGCGUUCUUUUCAAGAGCCAUCAUAAGGACCGGAUCAGGUGUCUGGAGUACAGGAGGUGGGAGUGCACGAUCAGCGAUCAUAGACCGGUGACGGCGGUGUUCGAGGCGAGGAUCAAGAGUGCGGAUCAUAGGAGGAGGAGGGAGGUGGAGGAUGAGCUGAGGGUGAAGUGGAGGGGCUUGGAGAGGGGGUUGUUGGAGACUGCGGUUAAGUGGUACGCCGAUCCACAGUAG